CGCGAUUCAACAAAUUUCGAUGGGUAUGUUAUUCGAUUUCUUCAUAAUAAGUGUUCAAUUUAUGCUAUCUAAUGUAUUUGUUCUUUCGUUUGCACAUUUAAACCCUAAUGCAUCAAUAGUUGAUUCAAACAUUGUUCGUAUUUUUACAGUUGUGAACGGUAAUAAGCUUUAAAUACUAUCAACUGAAGUUCAAUUUCGAUCUUGUUUAGCUUUUUGGUGCUAUUAACUGUUUUUGCUGAGUAAUUAGGUACUGCUGCAAUUUGAUGUUGUUUUUGGUGCAAAUUCUGAAGUUCUGUAUGGUGAAAUUGUAAGAACUUAGGAUCUUUGAUGAGUUUAGUUGGGGUAGUUGAUUUAUUCUGGGAGACUUUGUUAUUGACUUGUUUCUUAUGUUGAAGAAAAUGGGAGUGUGAUUUUGAAGGAAAAUUUGGGUGGUGAAAUGGAUCUGGAAUAUGGAUGAAACAAAUAAGUGGCAUUGAACUUAAAUAAAUGUUCUUGUGAACUUGACUUGUGUCUCCUUGAAAACAGAAACAGGAAUGGAUCAUCAUAAAGUAAGAUUAAAAUUCUAUCAAGAACAUAUUCUCCCUUCUCUCCUCAAAGGCUCGUUUGGAGAUUAAUCCGAGACAAAGAAGCUGGUUGCUGCUCCACCCACCUCAUAGAAGGAGAUGGCACUUUCAAUGGGGAAGGACUUGAUAGUUUUAUCAAGCAAGUAAAAAUGGCUGAAUGUGGGCUUUCUUAUGCUGUUGUUUCAAUCAUGGGACCUCAAAGCAGCGGGAAGAGCACACUUCUGAAUCAUCUUUUUAACACAAACUUUAAGGAAAUGGAUGCUUAUAGGGGAAGGUCUCAAACCACCAAAGGCAUUUGGAUGGCAAGAUGUGUUGGUAUUGAACCUUGCACCAUAGUAAUGGAUCUUGAGGGUACUGAUGGAAGAGAGCGAGGAGAGGAUGAUACUGCAUUUGAAAAGCAGAGCGCACUUUUUGCACUUGCUGUUUCAGAUAUAGUUCUUAUAAACAUGUGGUGUCAUGAUAUUGGACGUGAGCAGGCUGCAAACAAACCUCUUUUGAAAACCGUAUUCCAGGUUAUGUUGCGACUGUUUAGUCCACGUAAAACAACGUUGAUGUUCGUUAUACGAGAUAAAACAAGGACACCUCUUGAAAAUCUAGAGCCUGUUUUGAGGGAAGAUGUCCAGAAGAUAUGGGAUUCUGUUCCCAAGCCAGAAGCCCACAAACAGACUCCACUGAGUGAAUUUUUUAAUGUAGAAGUUGUUGCCCUUCCUAGUUUCGAAGAGAAAGAAGAACAAUUUAAGGAGCAGGUGGCUAGUUUGAGGCAAAGGUUCUUCCAUUCUAUUGCACCUAAUGGCCUAGCAGGAGAUAGGAGGGGGGUGGUUCCUGCUUCGGGUUUCUCAUUUAGUGCCCAACAGAUUUGGGAAGUUAUUAAAGAGAACAAGGACCUUGAUUUGCCUGCUCACAAGGUGAUGGUGGCAACCGUAAGAUGUGAAGAAAUUGCAAAUGAGAAGUACUCUUUCUUUGUAACAAAUGAGGACUGGUGUGACUUGGAAGAUGCUGUACAAUCUCAUAUUGUGCCAGGCUUUGGCCGGAAGAUUAGUUCAAUGCUUGAUGCUUGUUUAUCCAGUUAUGAUGAAGAGGCUACAUACUUUGAAGAUAGUGUUAGAUCUGCCAAGCGAAGGCAGUUGGAAGAGAAGUUGAUUCAACUUGUUCAACCGACCUACCAAUUGAUGCUGGAACACAUACAAUCAGAGACACUAGAUAAAUUCAAAAAAGCACUUCAUGAUGCUUUGAGUGGAGGACAAGGGUUUGCAAUUGCUGCUUGUGAUUGCACGACAUCAUUCAUGAAGCUCUUUGAUGAACAAUGCAAAGAUGCAACUAUCAAACAGGCUGAUUGGGAUUUGACUAAAAUAAGGGAUAAGUUUUCACGUGAUAUAGACUCACAUAUUGCUGAAGUUCAAACUGCCAAGCUAUCCGAACUUAAUGCAUUAUAUGAGUCCAAAUUGAAAGAGGCAUUGUAUGGACCUGUGGCGGCCCUUCUAGAAGGAGGUGGCGAUGAUACUUGGUCUGCAAUACGGAAACUUCUUCAUCAUGAGAUUAAAAUUGCCGUCUCUGAGUUUUCUGUUGCACUUUCUGGUUUUGAAAUGGAUGAACAAGCCAAGGAAGAGAUGGUUUCAAAGUUGGAAAAUUAUGCUAGAGAAAUAAUUGAAGGGAAAACAAAGGAAGAAGCAGGAAAAGUUCUAUACCGCAUGAAAGAGAGAUUUACGUUGCUAUUCAACCAUGAUAGUGAUUCAAUGCCACGAAUCUGGACCGGAAAGGAAGAUAUACGAACAAUUACCAAAACAGCUCGGUCUUCUUCUUUAAAGUUGCUUUCCGUAUUGGCCGCAAUUCGUUUGGAUGUAGACGCUGAUAAGAUUGGAAACACGUUAGUCCUUGCAUUGGUAGAACAGAAGAAAGACAAGAGUACCUCCUUUCAGGAUCCAUUGGCCUCAAGCACAUGGGAAGAGGUUCCAGCAACGAAAACACUCAUCACUCCCGUUCAGUGUAAAUCGUUGUGGAGUCAAUUUCAAAGAGAGACGGAGUAUACUAUUACUCAAGCCAUUGCUUCCCAGGAAGCUAAUAAGCGUAAUAACAACUGGUUACCACCUCCAUGGGCUAUGGCUGCGUUGGUGAUCCUUGGAUUCAACGAAUUCAUGACUCUUUUGAGGAAUCCUUUGUGGCUGCUCGUUAUAUUCGUAGGUUAUCUGCUUAGCAAAGCUUUGUGGGUUCAACUCGACAUAUCUGGUGAAUUUCGCAAUGGCAUGCUUCCCGGAAUCCUCUCCUUAUCUACCAAGGUUAUUCCGACCGUCACAAACCUUCUCAGAAAACUGGCCGAGGAGGGCCAAAAGCCCGUGAUCACCGAUUCCCAAAGAAAUCCCUCAAAUCACCCACAAGUUUUAGGGACUUUUCAAGGUGUAGCAGCAGGAGAUACCAACGGCCUUUCAUCCACCGCCUCAUCUGAUGUAACCAUGGAAAACGAAACCGAGUUCACUAGCCCUUCCAGGCGCUUCAAAGAUCUGUAGCUUCGUGAAGUAAGCAUAUCCAUUUAUAUCUUGUUUAUUUUGCAAAUAUCGAUUUUUAAAGGGAUAAAAUCUUUAUUAGGUGUCACAUUGUCUGGCCCUUGCCUCUGUUCUCGUUUGAUAGGGUAACGCCUUCCUACAUCUUCCCUGCCCCCGCCCCCGGGGGCGACCCUACUUUCGUGCCAUAUAUACUGGGUUUGUCUUUAAUGUGUGGCGCUCUCACGUUGGUAGAUAUAGCCCGUAACUAAACCUCUCGUUAUUCGCUUAUUUCAAUGCUCACAGCCUUCUCAGAAAACCCGACAUACCCUACUUAUGCCAAAGAAACACUCCGAAUCCGUUGCUAGAAUCGAGCACGAACCACGGGAUCGAUACUUGUUUGGUAUAAUACCAUCAUUUGGGGUUUUGAUUUGUUUGAUCAUGAAACAUUCUUUUUGGGCCUGUUACUUGUUGAGUUUUUUGUUUGUAUAUUUUGAGGGUAUGAUUGAAAAAAAGAGACAUUUUAUAUAAUUUUCGAUUGCGCUGUGUCUGUAUUUUAAUAAGCUAUAUUUGAUUCAUAUAAUACGAAAUACGGGUAAUAAAACGAUUGUUGCAUUUC